AUGACUUCCUCUAGGUGGAUUGAUUCAGGUAUUCAGCAUUUAUCAGAGUCUGUGUUUGUGGGACUGUGUUACAAAGUGGGGACCUCUGAACAGGUGACCAUGAGGAGAGAAAUACUAGACAUGGGCGAGAUGGUGAAAAAUCAAGUAAUGCGUACAAGUAAAUACGACAUGGUGAUGAUGACAAGUGGCAGUUAUAGGGAAGGAUUCAGGCUAGAGGAGUCAGAUAUAGACUUGAUGUUUUGGCCAAAAUUCUUUAAUAUAAUCUGGGUCUUGGACCAGGCUCAGAAUUAUGAUUUAAAUAGAAAAAGACUAAUUCUCUGUGAUUGUUCGGAAAGUCCACCUGGAUUUGCUUUACUUGAACUAUUGACAGAGACUCACUGGGGACCUCUAGAGAAUCCUUGUAUAAGAAUUAACGACAGACUCUAUAUAUCAAGUUCUGAGUUCAGAAGAAUAACGGUUUCUGCUGCUUUUCCUGAAUAUAGGGAACAUGGUCCUUGUUGUAGCUGUUUUAUUGGGGUAAUAGAAUAUGACGUAGCCUUAUGUUUUAUCUCUGACUUUUGGCCCCCUCCUGCCUUCCAAUGGAGAAACAGAUGUCACUCAUGGCCCCCGCCUCCUAUCGUUGAUGAAAUUGUCAGAAAAGGAUGCCAUUUUGUAGCAGUAGGACACAAACUAGGAAAUCACACUGAUAAAGAAUGGAGAAUUUCCUUCUCUUUGGCAGAGCAAUGUCUCGUUUCCUGUAUGAAUCAUUGCCAAUUCUUAACGUACGGUCUGCUUAAAUUGUUCUUGAAAGAAUGUAUUCGCAAUGGAUUAGAUGAAGAGGAUAAAUUGCUGUGUUCUUAUCACAUGAAGACAGCUGUUUUUUGGAUGAUUCAACAAAAUAUGAUACCUUACUGGUGUCCACAAAAUCUCUUGCAGUGUUUCUGGGUCUGUUUUAAACUUAUCUUGAAAUGGGUGUAUGAAGGCGUCUGUCCAAAUUUUUUUAUUCCAGAAAACAACAUGUUCCUGAGUAAUAUUCAUGGUCAAGCACAAAAAGAAUUGUUCAUCAGACUACAUGGUUUAUAUGAAAAGGGUUUAGCAUGCCUUUUUCACAGUCCAUUCAUCAGAUCCCAUGUUAUAAGGGUCCUUCUAAAUCCUAGGCAAUCUGUUUGUACACAUGAACACACUUUGGUUUCUAAGGUCCAGUUUGACGCAGAUCUACUCAGUGAGAUAAAGAACACCAAUCUACCCAUAACAGACUUGUAUAAUAGUAUUGAGUUCCUUAUUGCCAUAGAAAGGUUGACAAUUUUACCCCUUACACAAUAUCAGAAACUUGUUUUACAGAGGAGUACAGCUCUUACACUCAAGGACACAGCUUUUAUUUUACUCAACGAUUUAACAGAUUCUUUACCACUCGAAGUGGACACUAGCACAUGUAGAAAUAAAUUGAAAUAUUUAACAAAUAAAAGGUCCCUUUACAUGCUGAAAUUAGCUGCUAAAUUAGGGUUUAUUUGCGACAUGCUUUACAUUGCUAUGUAUUAUUACAAGACCUUCAGAUACUUGGAAGCUUUAACUGUAAUAAGAGCUACAAAAGCCAAGUUAGCACAGCCAUAUGUAGUAUAUGGGCUACAAGUCAAUGCUCAAAGAUAUAGCGAAGCUAUAGGGAGACUUUCCUUGUCUACAAAAAUGAGAAACGCUGUAGCAUGUGAUAUUUUUCUGAACAAUUGCAUUUGUUACAUCAAUGAAUUAGUGCCAGAACAACAGUCUGGGUUAAUGUGUACUUGUCCAUGUUUAUGUAUCCCCCUCUAUGUUUUCGUACACAUGUUGGAGGUCUUGUGUUACAGACAUGUAGACCCAGUGAAAGCACAAAGAGCCCUAAAUGACCUACAAGAUCUUGUACACCAUGAUCCGGGGACAUACAUAUCCGAAGAACAAAAAGACAUAUCAUGGGAGAUCCUAGGUAUUUGUCAACAGGUCAUAGGGAAUUACCAAGCUGCCUUGUAUUCCUACCAACAAUCCCUGACACAAGAAACAUUCAACAAAAUACAAACCGCUACAUUAAUGAGGAUACAGCACAUCAUGGAUCUAAUCCAAAGAGUCUAA